AUGAAAGGCUUUUUGAGUACCGAUGUGUUGGCCAUCGGUUCGGCUCAGAUCAAGGACCAGACCUUUGGUGAGGCGACGUCCGAACCGGGCAUCGCUUUCGUGGCCGCAAAGUUUGACGGCAUUCUUGGGCUGGGAUUCGACUCGAUAUCAGUGGACGGCGUGACCACUGUUUUCAAUAAUAUGAUAAAACAGGGCUUAGUUUCGGACCCAAUAUUUUCUUUCUAUUUGAAUCGCGACACGUCUUCGAGUCCGGGCGGAGAGAUCAUAUUUGGCGGAUCAGAUCCCGACCACUAUUCGGGAAACUUUACGUACGUUCCGGUGGAGAAACCCGGGUAUUGGCAGUUCACUAUGGAUGCGGUGGCCGUCGGCGACCAAAACCCUCAGUUUUGCGCCAAUGGCUGUCAGGCGAUCGCAGACACCGGCACUUCACUCAUAGCCGGUCCCUCGGCUGAGAUCGCAACUCUCAACAAACUGAUUGGCGCCACACCUAUAGCUAUGGGCGAGUAUUUGGUUAAAUGCGAUGACAUCGACAAAAUGCCUGACAUUACGUUCACAAUCGGCGGAAAGCAAUUCAAAUUAAGUGGUUCUCAAUACGUGUUGAAA